AAUUCAGGCUCAGUGAACGACGCAGUGGGCAGGCGCGCGUGGCCGAGUGGGCGUGGCGAUUCCGCAAACUGGGACGAGAUUGGUGGUAGGGCGAAGUGGAGGCGGCCCGGUGAUGCAUUGCGCAGGCGCAUGCGGCGGCCGGGGCGUGACGUCACGGCGCGCGUCGGGAUCGGCAGAGUAGUCCGGUCUUGUGUUCCUCGCUCGCUGGUGGCCCUGUGGUUGCCCCGCCGCCAGGCACCAUGUUCGGCUCCAGCCGUGGCGGCGUACGCGGCGGACAGGAUCAGUUCAACUGGGAGGACGUGAAGACCGACAAGCAGAGGGAGAACUACUUGGGCAACUCGCUGAUGGCGCCCGUGGGCCGCUGGCAGAAGGGCCGCGACCUCACCUGGUACGCCAAGGAUCGUGCACCGCGCGAAGGACCGAGCCGUGAGGAGGAGCUGGCGGCCGUGCGGGAGGCGGAGCGCGAGGCGUUGCUCGCCGCCCUUGGCUACAAGAACGUGAGGAAACAGCCCACAGGCCUGAGCAAGGAGGACUUUGUGGAGAUCUGCAAGCGGGAGGGAGGCGACCCCGAGGAGAAGGGUGUGGACCGGCUGCUGGGGCUGGGCAGCGCCAGUGGUUCCGCCGGCCGCGUGGCACUGUCCCGGGAGGACAAGGAGGCUGCCAAACUGGGGCUGUCGGUGUUCACGCAUCACCGCGUGGACAGCAGCAGCCCGGGCACCUGUCCAGCUUCCAGGAGGAGGCCACGCACGGAGGAGGAGGCUGAGCCGAGCACUGAGAGCCACAAGAAAAGCAAGAAGGAGAAGAAGAAAAAGAAAAAGAAAAAACAUAAGAAACAGAAGAUGAAGAAAGACAAGGAGUCCAAGAAAGAGGCUGAUGCCUCUUCCUCAUCCCCUUCUCCUGUUCGAUUUGGGCGCCAGAGGCAUGAUUCUGACUCCUCUUCCCCUUGCUGCAAGAGGAGGAAGCGGGGACAUAGCAGGGACAGUGAAAGGAGCCCAUCCUACAGACGUCAGGACCGAGGCUCUGAUGCUUGAGACUGCAGCUGGGUCAAUGGAGGCCAGAGCCUUGGACCCUGCCCACCACUGUACCUUGUGGGGCAUGAGAGGACGACUGGACCCUAUGUGUUCUGGGUGCCAGCUCGCUCCUCCCACCCUGUUGGCCCUUUGGACCACCCAGGGAAAGGCCUCCUGUCUGGGUUGAGGCAAAGGCUGUGUACUGUGCCUGCCAGGCCAUAUGAGCUGGCUGGCCAACUCGAGAGGAACCUGCUUUGUGGAGACCCUCCAGAUUCCUGUGAAGGGAGUCCAUAGAACCCAACGGGUUCUGGGACAACCAUCCCUGGUCUUGCCUGCUGCCAGACAAGAUCUGCACCUGCCUAAGAGCCUCUUGCAGAGACUAGACUCCUGUGUAGCCAUCCAGGCCCAUCAGAGGCUUAGUUAAAACCAAGUGUGGUUAUCUAUUCCUUUUUGUAUGGACUCACUCUUUGUAUUUUAAUAAAUACCUUAAAACACGAGUGUGUCAUCAAGAAUGAAAGGAUAGUGUGGAGUUUCCUGAAACCCCACUAAAAGGAGACAGUGGCAAUGGCCUUGCAUUCACAGUAUGGUCUUGGCCUAGCAGUAGUGUGGAGCUGCCUGACAGCUGGGUAGCUGAUGACAAGGUCAGGUGGUGGGGAUACCUAGAGCCUCUAGGUACCUCUUCAACCUGCCCAGGGGCUUAGCCUGCCUUGCCAGUGGGGCUAGACUAGUACACUGACCUGGGGCAGAGCCCAGGCUGGAUUUUUUUAAUGAUGCUUAGUUCUGCUGAUUCUAAAAGAAACUUGAAAAUGCUGGGUGUGGCCCAGGACAGAUCCUGAAGCUGUCCUCUAGAGGUCUGGACUCUGACUUGUACACUGCCCUCAGCCCUGCACAUGGAUAGCCUGAGUGGACGCUGCUAUCUCUUAUUCCAGGAAAUGAAGGUGAGUUCCAUCUUCCAGGGCAGCCUCUUCUUGGGGACACUGUCCAGAGGGAGAGUAGACUUGGACCUGCUUGCCAGCUGCUGGGUGCUGAGGUGGCCACGGCAUUUGCUGACUCCUAUUCUGGCUACCUCCUGUGGCACUGAUAAGCUGGAGGAUGCUUUCAUGGUCGAAAUGAGACUUCCAGAAGGCUUUCCCUCUUACGCAUGGUCAGGCCUGACUUGGGGAGCAAAGUACCACCUGUACUUCCUGGCAUGAAAGCGACUCUUUCCUACCUUGCAGGAGACAGAAACAUUGGAGCCCGUGAAAUAGUUAAGAGACUUUAUUCUAAUAGCUAUAAUUACAGUGCUUGUCGAAAUGAAAACUGAAAACAAGUAUACAAAACAGUUGAUUACUAAUUGUGUAUUGAAAGCAUUAAGAGGUUCCACGACACCAAAUAAACCAGUUCUGAGGUUUCCCCAAGAUAAAUUUAACAGCUCCAGCUUCUUCAGUGUUUAUCAAAAUACAAAAG